AGCACAAAACUCCUAUUGCAUAUACUUGCCGUAGUAAAAUAGGUUACACUGUCUGACAAUUGCACAAAGGAUUUUUUUUAUUUCUAUCAAUCAUUGAAAAAACUGAAAUACACAAUAUGUCUUCAUGCUCGCUUCGUAUCCAAUCUCCUGCUCCGGAAUUCACUGCAACCGCCUUAGACGAUGGAGAUUUCAAAGACAUCAGUCUUAAAAGUUAUAGAGGCAAAUACGUUGUGCUGUUUUUCUACCCAUUGGACUUCACAUUUGUUUGUCCGACAGAGAUAAUUGCUUUUAGUGACAGAGUUCAAGAAUUCCGAAAUAUUGGUUGCGAAGUCUUAGCUUGUUCCACUGAUUCAGAGUUCUCCCAUUUAGCAUGGGUGAAUACACCUAGGAAGCUUGGUGGAAUCGGACAAAUGAAUAUUCCAAUAAUUGCCGACAGAAAUCAUGAAAUAUCUAGAAAAUAUGGAGUUCUUAAAGAGGAUGAGGGAAUUGCAUUCAGGGGUUUGUUUAUCAUCAAUGAGAAAGGCAUUUUACGACAAAUCACAAUCAAUGAUCUUCCAGUUGGUCGUUCUGUAGAUGAAACGUUAAGACUUGUGCAAGCAUUCAAGUUUACUGAUGAACAUGGGGAAGUUUGCCCAGCUGGAUGGAAGCCUGGAGCAGAAACAAUAGAGCCAGAUAUAAAGAGAAGCAAAGAGUAUUUUAAAAAUCAAUGAUAAUGAAACGUUGAUAAAUUAAAUAUCCACUGAAACUCAGUAAACUUGUGAAAAGUCUUUGAUUUCAUAUUUUUCUCUGUACUGUAUAUGCACAUUAGCGCGGUGGGAAAAACCAAGUCAUUGUGUGGUGAUCCUAAUUUAGCGAAUUAAAUUGUUUUUGAAUGUUAAAUCAUACAAAAGCAUGUGUUCCAUUCAUUUUCAAUUUUGCUGGACAUACUGUGACGUGGCCCAUUAAAAGUAUUCAUUUAUGCACUGGGGUUUAUAAUCCCAAUUUACAAUAACACAUGACAAACAUAGAUUUCAUAUUGCAAAAAAAUUUGUUUAAUCUUUGAAUGAAAGUUUGAACAAUAAAAAAAAUGAAGGAAGUUUUUUACUAGCUAUCAUUUCUUCAUUUCAUUAUUUAUGCCAAUCUUGUUACUGUGUUUUUCUUCAAAUCACUAUAUCAGAAAUUUUUGGAAUAAUUUUAAUAAUUUGAUAGAAUUCUGAGACUUUCAAGCGAUCAUGAUUGCGAUUGGCUUGAUGGACAAAAAACAUUCCUUCAACAGAAGGGUAAUUAGGUUUACCAGAGAAAACUUAUCGCAUCGAAAAAGUGAGUUUCUACAAUGCUAAUAUGGCUAAUUUUCAAGAUUUGCUUGGAUUCAUUCACCAUCUUUGGUUGCAACCAGGAAUGUAGUCGAAUGGGGAGUUUACAUCCUCUGAGGUGAGCCUGUCUAUUUAAAAAAAGCAUCAGAUUCCACGUUGACAAUAUUUUUUGCAAUUCGGUUGCGACUCUGGGUUGUAUAAGUUCCGAAUGCAUCUCACUUCGCAGAAAACUAGCUUUGUUUCGUUAUCUGUUGUGAAUACCUGAUUAACUUUUUUGGUUUCCUCACAUAUAUCGACUUCAUUUACUUAGAAUUAGAUUUUCGAACUUCUACUGUGGCAUGGAUUCCCCUACACCCCCUCCCCUUCCUCUAAAAUUUCAAUAACCCCGUAAUUUAAAGGUGUGACACCACACUUUGAUUCCCAACUUAAAUAUAUUCCAGUGCAGAUCGUCAGUCAAACACAUUUUUACAACUUGCAUGAAGUUUAUUCUUUAGCGUAAAAUAUCUGCCACCCCCGCUAAAUUUGGAAACCCCCCUCAACAAUGAAAAGCUAGGAAGCAUACUGUAACUUUAGGGACUCUGAAAAUAUGACUCAAGGUCCGGUCUCGAGCGGCCCCAUAGCCCUGGUUGCAACUUAGGCAAUAGUCAGCAAUUUUUGCUCCAAAUUUAUCAUUGGUAUCUAAUUUCCGUGGGUUUUGAGUGUCUGUAUCUCCGGUCUAUCAUUAUUCACAAUUGAUUCUGUGAAUUUGUCGGUACUCCUGAGGUAUGCGCACCAAGAUUGCGGACACCGGAUUGUAGUAUGUGUAUCUGGUUGUACAACUACUACGGGAGUCACUUGGAUUGUCCCCGAACUUGAAAUAGAACUAAAAUUGGAAUAAAAUUAUGGCCUAACCCUAACCUGGUACACAUACUACAUUCCGGUGUCCGCCAUCUUGGUACGCACACUUUGGGAGCACCAAUUUGUCUAAGUUUUCUUGUACAUGUCUCACUGUUAGCCAGCAUUUCUUGCGUUCACUUGUACCAUUUUGUGUUGUAGUGUAGUAUUUAUUUUUCUCUCUGACUAGUUAUUAGACUGUGUAUUGUGGAUACAUUUAGACUUUUUUGUCUCAAAGCAUUUUUUCUUUGUUUUCUUAUAAUUUGGGCUGGGCUUUUUGGAGUACCUGAUGAUUUCAGAAUCGAAUAUUUUUUCCUCGAAUCGAAUCUUGAAUACUUGGAAGAUAUAUAAUUGAUUAAUUGUAUGCGGUUUUUCUAUUGUAAUUGGUCCUUUCAACGAAGGAAUUACUGAAAACGCAGAAUACAUCACUCAGACAGAUUGCUGAGCGUUCACGCACAAUAAGAAACACGUUUUAUCAAUAACUCACUACAGAAAAUAGUCAUAUGUCAGAAUUGCAUCGAAAAAAUAUGGCUUCGAUGAAAAAUUAAGGAAUUCACGCCGACCAUUGGCGGUAAGAAAAAAAUAGAUCGCAGCAAUUCAAGAUUUUGCUCUGAACCUUUUCGAAUAAUUCACUAUUCGAUUCGAAAUGUCCAGCCCUACUUAUGAUUGGCCAUCAUGUAUUCAAUGUCUCGCAACUACUACAAAUGUGAAUAAUGCUGCAAACAUUUUGGAUGAAUGUUGCCUUGCCGUGGUCUCUUCUGGCUCGUUGCAAUUACGGAGAAGUACUUUCGGCAAAAAGAAACCUUGUGUGCGUGCGGACCAUUAAUUCGAGUGUAGGCAAAUUAGACUACUAAUAUUAUCUUACCCGAAAUAGGAAAAUUUGUGUUUGUGUGAAAUGUUUAUGUGGCCAAAUUAAUGGUUGGCGCGUAAGGCUUUAUUUUAAAAGGCAUAACUUGUUUGGAGAAUAUGCGGAUAGCGUGAAAAUAAUGACUUUGAAGUAGGAUGAAAUACGAUUAUUCUGCAAUGUACAUCCUAAUAUUACUUGAAACAUUCUUCUAGAUACUUCAUUUUGAUAACUCCCCAAUGCUACUAUGUCUCUAAAUUUAAUAUUUAAAAACACUAGUGCUCCCAUUGUGGUGAGUCCAAUUUCGUUUGUUCUUCAUUUUUAAUGUUAAUAGAUUGGUGAGAAUACAGGUUACUGUGUUUCGUA